GGUCAUCCUCUCCAGCAGAGGCCGCGGCCAGAGCUGGGCUGGGGAGAGUGAGAGGCAGGUACCGGCGCGGUCUGCGCAGCCCCAGGCGCUACAGCUGCGCUCCCGGCAGUAAGGACGGUUCCCGGGGGAGCCAGGGACCGAGGCGUCCGAGCAGGCGGGAUUUGCGCCUGGCCGGACACGGUCCGAAGUCCGCGCUAUGGGAGAAGAGAAAUACUUGCCUGAGCUGAUGGCAGAGAAGGAUAGCCUGGAUCCAUCUUUUGUGCACGCGUCGCGCCUUCUGGCGGAAGAAAUUGAGAAAUUUCAAGGUUCAGAUGGGAAAAAGGAAGACGAAGAAAAGAAAUAUCUUGAUGUUAUCAGCAACAAAAACAUAAAGCUCUCUGAAAGAGUAUUGAUUCCUGUGAAACAGUAUCCAAAGUUCAAUUUUGUGGGGAAAUUACUUGGACCAAGAGGAAACUCCUUGAAGAGGCUACAAGAAGAAACAGGUGCUAAAAUGUCUAUCCUGGGCAAAGGCUCGAUGCGCGACAAAGCAAAGGAAGAAGAGCUGAGGAAGAGCGGGGAGGCCAAGUAUGCCCACCUGAGUGACGAGCUGCAUGUAUUAAUUGAAGUGUUUGCUCCACCUGGGGAAGCUUAUUCACGGAUGAGUCAUGCUUUGGAAGAGAUUAAGAAAUUUCUUGUUCCUGACUACAAUGAUGAAAUUCGUCAAGAACAACUUCGGGAGUUGUCUUAUUUGAAUGGCUCAGAAGAGUCUGGCCGAGGCCGAGGUAUUCGAGGCAGAGGGAUCAGAUUAACUCCCACAGCUCCAUCAAGGGGCCGUGGAGGUGCUGUCCCACCACCACCACCACCUGGACGGGGUGUUCUUACCCCUCGGGGGACCACUGCAACCCGCGGAGCUCUUCCAGUGCUUCCAAUAGCGAGAGGUGUCCCGACACCUCGAGCCCGGGGGACGGCAGCAGUACCAGGAUACAGAGCACCCCCACCUCCAGCUCAUGAGGCUUAUGAAGAAUAUGGGUAUGAUGAUGGCUAUGGGGGUGAAUAUGAUGACCAGACCUACGAGGCUUAUGAUAAUAGCUAUGUGACCCCAACACAAAGUGUGCCUGAAUACUAUGACUACGGUCAUGGAGUAAAUGAGGAUGCCUAUGAGAGCUACGCACCAGAAGAAUGGGCUACAACUCGCUCCAGCCUGAAGGCACCACCACCAAGGUCAGCCAGAGGGGGAUUCAGGGAACACCCCUAUGGUAGAUAUUGAAGGUCCUCUUCACCUGUGACCUCCUCAAAGACAAUUCAUAGCCUGUGAUCUCCAUAUAAACAGCAACCAGACAAGUAAUAGUCCUUUUUUUGUUUGUUUGUUUUUUCUAUUCUAGGGAUAACUGCUUAUAAUUACUACCAUCUAUUCUUGUAUUUCCUUAUACUGUUAACGUGACAUGAACAUUAGUAUUAUUUUACAAAAUAGACUGAGAAACAAAGACAUUGGCAAGCAUAGUUUAUAAACCAUUCUGUAGGUUGAUAUUCUCUUGAUUGUUUUCUUUUUAAUUGUUGUGUGUAAACCCCUCUUCUCUUUUCUUUUUAGUUUCCUUUUUCCUUUUCUUUUGGAAGAAAGAGCAUGAAUCUGUUAGAUUUUGAGUCUCAACCAACUAGCAGAGCCUUUGUUUAAGGUGAUUAAAAGACUGUAAUAUGAUUUUGAACUAGCUGAUAAUAAAGUUGUAGAUAAGAUGUUUUAACCUGUCUUUUAAUAUCUGUCAGUCAGAUGGAGAUGUUCAAUAUUAAGUUGUAAAUUUAAUUUUUAAAUGCUGUUUUAAUGGGGUUGAAAACAAGCAGCUACUGUAUGUAUGUAGCUAACUGAAUUUGUUCAGUGUUUUAACCUGUAUUUGUUAAAAAAAGAAAAAAGAAAAAAACACACAUGGUGUUCCAUGUGUAAGCUUCUCUAAAUAGGAACCACAUUUGUCAAAUAUGUUUGCCAUAAUUUGUCAAUAAAGCUGAAGGCUUUUGUAAAAACUAAAUUUGGAAUUACUUGUUUUCUAACUUUAAAUGCCUGCUUUAUUUCUUUUUCAAGAGAUGCCUAAAAUGUUUUCUAUUUAAAAAUUACAAAAAUGAACCCAAGCCUGUUUUAAGAUAUCUGUGUAAUCCUUUUUAAAAAAAUGUAUCAAUAACUUAUGGUUGUUAAAUAAUUUAAAAGUUAACAAACUAAACUGUGACAUGAAUCAUGGUUAGUGAACACUAAUGUAUAACAUGUUAAUUGAAGAAAUGGAUUUAGAAUAAUAAAUGGAUUUUAAACUAU